AUGGAAACGUUUCUCUCUCAUUGUCUUCCCGUUUUAGCUGCUCCUAUGUUUUCCGGCAAAGCCACGACCAUCCUUCGCCGGAUGAUUGCGGAGAGGAGGAUUCCCAGCUUUCAGGUGGAUCAUCUGAGAAAGAAAGAGCAGCUCGAUAAGACAUUGAAGGGUCUGUGUAUUACAGGGAGAUUGAAAGAAGCUGUUGGGUUACUAUGUCGUAGCAAGUCGCAAGCCGAGCCUGAGACAUACGCUCUGUUAUUGCAGGAAUGCAAACAAAGGAAGGAAUAUGCAAGAGGGAAACGGAUACAUGCUCAUAUGCUUCUCGUCGGAUUUUCUCCCAACGAGUAUCUCAAAGUGAAGUUGUUAAUACUACACGCCUUAUCAGGUGAUCUUCAAACUGCUCGGAUUCUCUUUUCUAGUUUGGAAUUGAGAGAUUUGAUCCCUUGGAACGCAAUGAUAGCUGGUUAUGUGCAAAAGGGUCUUGAGCAACAAGGGCUUUACAUGUAUUAUGACAUGAGGCAACACAGUCUAGUUCCGGAUCAGUAUACCUUUGCUUCUGUGUUUAGAGCGUGUUCUGCGUUGGCGUCGCUGGAGCACGGAAUGAGAGCACACGCUGUCAUGAUAAAGUGCCGUAAUAAGUCUAACAUUAUCGUCAAUAGUGCUCUUGUUGAUAUGUACUUCAAAUGCAGCAGUCUCUCUGACGGGCACAAGGUAUUCGAUCAACUGUCCACCAGAAACGUGAUCACGUGGACCUCGCUGAUGUCUGGCUAUGGGUGUCAUGGAAAAGUUUCAGAGGUGUUAAAAUGCUUUGAUAAGAUGAAGGAACAAGGAUGUAGACCAAAUUCUGUUACGUUUUUGGUGGUUCUCACUGCGUGUAGCCAUGGAGGUUUGGUUGAUGAAGGCCGGGAGCAUUUCAAUUCUAUGAAGAGAGAUUACGGGAUCCAGCCUGAGGGGCAACACUAUGCAGCAAUGGUUGACAUGUUAGGGCGUGCUGGUAGGCUACAAGAAGCGUACGAUUUUGCAAUCAAGUCACCGUGCAAGGAGCAUGCUCCGGUAUGGGGUUCUUUACUUGGGGCAUGCAAGAAUCAUGGGAAUGUGAAACUGCUAGAACUCGCAGCUACAAGAUAUUUCGAGCUGGAACCAAAGAACGGGGGUAGUUACGUGGUGUUUGCCAACGGGUACGCCAGUUGUGGAUUCUUGGAUGCUGCAUCAGAGGUAAGGAAGAAAAUGGAGAGUGCAGGAGUGAAAAAAGAUCCCGGGUAUAGCUGGAUCGAAUUGCAAGGGGAAGUUCAUAUAUUCAUGAAGGAUGAUAAGUCUCACAAACUCUCUGGAAAGAUAUACAAGAAGGUGGAUGAGAUGACUUCAGUGUUAAUGGAUCUUGACUGCUCUCUAGAUGUUGACAUAGACGCAAGCUGUCCUAUUUGA